ACUUCCUCUCCUAGGCCCUCCCCGCAUUCUCUCACUUUCUCAUCCCGCCUUUUUUCCUCUUCCAACGCCACCGCCAAGUCAUCAAUCUCUGAUUCUGCUCGAUUCGCUCGCACGGUUCUGUUUAUUCCUCCUGGAGUCGACGCCGAUGAUAUCUCCGAUGAAAUGCUCCUUCCAGGUUCCAACAUUGUGCUCGGCCCUUAUGCCGGCGACUCCCGUGUCAAGGAGGUUGAGUUCGUCAAAAGCAGCGCUCGAGCUAGGGAUUGCCCUAAAGACAGCAAACCUGAAUUUGCGAUUCUGGGUCGUUCUAAUGUCGGUAAAUCUUCCCUUAUCAAUGCUCUUGUUCGCAAAAAGGAAGUUGCUCUUACUUCUAAGAAGCCAGGGAAGACGCAGCUGAUUAAUCACUUCUUGGUGAAUAAAAGCUGGUACAUUGUGGACUUACCAGGCUAUGGUUUUGCCAAAGUCUCAGAAACUGCUCGAAUGGAUUGGUCCUCAUUCACAAAAGGGUAUUUUAUGAACCGAGAUACUCUAGUAGCCGUGCUGCUUCUCAUUGAUGCAAGUGUUCCACCUCAAAAAAUAGACUUGGAUUGUGCCAAUUGGCUUGGCCGAAAUAACAUACCGAUGACAUUUGUGUUCACGAAAUGUGACAAAAUGAAGGUGAGCAAAGGAAAACGACCUGACGAGAACAUCAGGGAGUUCCAACAACUUAUCAGACAGAAUUACAAGGUACAUCCUUCUUGGAUCAUGACUGGUAGUGUCACAGGUUUAGGUCGGGAUGAAUUACUUCUAUACAUGUCCCAACUAAGGAAUUAUUGGGAUCAAUAAGUAGUGAUCUAGAGCCUUGUUUAGUUUUAAAAACUGGCUAUUCAUAUUGUAUAAUAUAUUGUAAUCAAAAGUUAGAAAUUCAUUUGCCCUUUUCUGUUUCUAAUUUUAUGUCAAUUUCAUUGGAAAGUUCCAGAGAGAUUAAAAUGUGAAAUUUUUUCUUUGGAAAAGAAAAAAGGAAGAACAAAAAUAGUGGAUUUGUCCAUUAUCAAA